AUGCCAACGGAAAAUUUUGGUGCCUUAAACGUUAUUGCAAAUAGGUUUAUUCAAGAAGAAUUAGCAUACGAUUGUGGCGAACAGGAGAAAGAGAAUCAGGAAUUGGUAAGGCAGUUAACAGAAGAACAAAAGGUCAUAUACAAUGAAGUGUUAAUUGACAUUGAUCGCCAGGAAGGGGGGUUAUUCUUCGUUUAUGGUUAUGGAGGGACCGGUAAGACUUUCUUGUGGCGAGCACUUUCUUCCGCAUUAAGGUCUAAGAGUGAAAUAGUGUUAAAUGUUGCCUCUAGCGGCAUAGUUUCGCUUUUAUUACCUGGUGGGAGGACUGCACAUUCUCGGUUUGCUAUACCAAUAGCUGUUAAUGAAGAUUCCACAUGCAACAUACGUCACGGCAGUGAACUGGCAGAGCUACUUGUGCAAACCAAGUUGAUAAUAUGGGAUGAAGCCCCAAUGAUGCAUAAAUUCUGUUUUGAAGCCCUAGACCGAACUAUGCGGGAUCUGUUGCGCUUCAUAAAUCCAAGGAGUUCUGAUAUGACAUUUGGUGGUAAAACAGUUGUUUUUGGGGGCGAUUUCAGGCAAAUUUUACCAGUCAUUCCAAAGGGUACUAGACCGGAUAUAGUUCGAGCGAGCAUUAGCUCAUCUUAUCUCUGGAAAUCCUGUAAAGUCUUAAGGCUUACUAAGAAUCUAGGUUUGAGAAGUGUUCAAUAA